CAAGCUCAUUCUGGUCGAGGAGCACGCCCGCACAACGCCCCGUCCACCACCGCCGAGCGAAUCAGCAUGACCGUCACGAAACAGGGCGUCGACCUGCGCAACCAGGAGCCCUCCAUCGGCUACCUCCGUGGCGGGAUCCAAGAGGCGCGCGAGCACUGGCGCAUCUACCUCAAUGCCGUCUGCGCAGCCUUUGGUGGCCUCGCCUUUGGCUGGGACUCGGGGUUGAUUGGCGGUGUGCUCAAGUUCGACUCGUUCCAGCGCUCCUUUGGUCUCGACAAGGCUCAGGCAGACGGCCCCAUCGUCCUCGCCGCGCUCCAAUCCAACAUCGUCUCAGUGCUCAUCGCAGGCUGCUUCUUUGGUGCCGCCUCAGGCCUCUUCCUUCCGGAUCUCCUCGGUCGCAAGCGGGUCCUCCACGUCGCCUCGAUCAUCUUCCUCGUAGGAUCCAUCAUCCAAACCACCUCUGCGCUCCAUGGACAGACCCGCUCCACCGCUCUCGGACAGUUGUACGCAGGCCGCGCCAUUGGUGGCUUCGGCGUCGGCCUCACGUCCGCAACGUGUUCCACGUACAUUGCCGAGUGCGCUCCCAAGGCAAUCCGCGGCCGCGUCGGAGGCUUAUACCAGCUCUUGAACGUCACCGGCAUCUGUCUUGCCUAUUUCAUCAACUAUGGCAUCCAGAUCCAUACGCGCGACCAGUACGACCCAGCCAUGUGGCAGAAGAGCUUCGCCCUGCAGUGCAUCCCCGGUGUCCUGCUGUUCGUCGGCAUGCUCUUCCAACCCGAGUCGCCGCGCUGGCUCCUGACGCGUAGCCGGCGCGCCGAGGCCGAGAGCGCACUCUCACGCCUCCACCGCCUCCCCGUGGACCACCCAAAGGUACAGGGCAUCGUCAACGAGAUCCAGGCAGACCUCGACUCACGACCGCAUAUGAACAAGGCGCAGCUCUUCCGUGAGGUCAUCAGCGAUAAGCGCCUCUUCUACCGCACCGUCGGCAUCCAGAUGUCCAUUAUGACCAUCCAGCAGUGGACCGGUGCCAAUUCAGUCACCUACUACUCGCCGAUCAUCUUCCAAAGUCUCGGUAUCUCUGGCACCUCUGGCGGACUGCUGGCGACGGGGGUCUACGGCGUAGUCAAGAUCGUGACGACGGCGUUCUUCCUGAUGUUCGCCAUCGAGCAGAUUGGCCGCAAGUGGGCGCUAGUCAUCGGCGGCCUCGGCCAAGCGCUGUGCCUGAUCUACAUCGGUGCCUAUCUCAAAGUCGCCGGGCCCUCCACGUCGGCGUCGGCGACGCCCACCGCAGGCGGCUACGCAGCCAUCGUGCUAGUCUACGUCUACGUUACCUUUUUCGGCCUCGGCUGGAGCGGCACCUGCUGGAGCAUGUCUGCCGAAGUCGCCCCAAACCACCUCCGCGGCCUCGCCGUCUCCAUCGCUGCCAUGACACAGUGGCUUUUUAACUUUACUAUUGCCUACACCUUCACGCGCCUGCGCAUCACCACUGGCGGCUUUGGUGUCUUCUUCAUCUUUGCAACCGUCACGCUUUUCGGCGUUGCGUUUGCGACCUUUUUCCUGCCCGAACCGGCCGGGCUGACGCUUGAGACGAUGCACUACGCCUUCGAGGGCAACAUCAUUCGCCGCUCCAUCGCGGAUAUGAGCUUCGCCAAGCGCCGUCGCUUCCGCGAAGAACUCCUAGCGCGCGUCGGCGGCACCGCCGACAUCCCGCACGACGCCCGCGGCGGCGGGGGCGCGGACGUUGAGCAGGCCAUGCGCCAACGGCACUUACAGCACGGCCAGGACAGUGACAACGAUGACCUCGCGCGGCGCAGCACCAGUUCCGGCAAGAUGACUCCCGAGGAGAAGGAUCAUGCCAGCGCAGUUGGCGGGGUGCAGACGGCCACCCACGAUUUUUCGAAAUAGUCUAGUCUUUAGAAACGAGGGAACUUGUGAUGGGUUGUUCACGUUGUAUUUUUUUGGUCCCACGACAGCAUCAGACAUAUACCG